CGGAGUGCGCCGGGCGGUCACCGAGCCUGCGGGCGCUGGCCGGGGAGGGAGCGCGGGCGGGCCGCUCCCGGGCGGUGUCGGCGGGUCGCACGGCGGCGCGCGGACGGCAGCUGGACCCGGCCUGCCCGCCGCGGCUCCGCGGGAGAGGGGCGAGGGGCGCGGGCGCCGCGGGGCACGUGGAGCCGGGCCGGAGGCUGUGUCCUGACCGGCGCGACUGCGCGCGGACUACGCCGCGGUGGCCUCGGACGCGCCCCGCGCAGCAGCCUUGCCGGCCGGCGCCGAGGACCCGACCGGUGCCGCACGCUACGGCGCCUCCGGCCCGGCGCUCGUUUGGUGGAGAGCGUGCUUUCAGAAGUUGGGGGCCUUUUAAAGUUGACGUUGGUCGUUUGAAGACGGGUGGGAAGAGCCGGCCACGCUGCCGGGCGUGGUGGCGAUUUUCCGCCAGGGCUUCUCGCUCGCACCCAGGUCGGGCGCCCAGUCUUCUGUAGUUGGUCCCCCGCCUGCGGAAACGCUGCUCCUCGGGAGCCAGGGCGCGCGACCCGCUCGGAACCGGGGUGGGAGUUUCACAAGACCGGUGGCUCCUGUGGCCUCGUCUCUGGGAAGUCAGCGCAGGCCGGCGAGUUCCUCCUGAUCGUGCGGAGAGCUCUCCCCAGAUGCAAGCGCACCAGGCCGACCAGAGCCACAGUGCAGAGCCCACCCCCACCCACCGGAGCAAGUCCCCAGGAGCCCGCGGGCUACAGAUUUCCAAGCGGCCUGGCGGGACACACCAAGGCAGCCCAGCCACAGCUGCGGGCCGGGCCCUCCGGGUGUGUUACCUCAUUCGAAUUCCAGGCCAAAGCCACCCACCACCAUGGCCCUGGUCAGCAUCAACGAGCUGCCCGAGAGCAUCCUGCUGGAGCUCUUCACCCACGUGCCUGCCCGCCAGCUGCUGCUGCACUGCCGGCCGGUCUGCAGCCUCUGGAGAGACCUCAUCGACCUUGUGACCCUCUGGAAGCGCAAGUGCCUGCGCGAUGGCUUUGUCACAAAGGAUUGGGACCAGCCCGUGGCUGACUGGAAGAUCUUCUACUUUCUGUGCAGCCUCCGCAGGAACCUCCUGCGCAACCCAUGUGCGGAAGCACCUACCAUGUCCAGAGCACCAGGCUCCUUGCAGGCCAGGGUGGCAAAGGAUAUGGGGUCUUGGCGAAUCGACUCCAACGGGGGGGACCACUGGAAGGUGGAGAGCCUCCCUGGAGAGCAUGGCACAGAUUUUCCUGACCCCCAAGUCAAGAAGUACUUUGUCACUUCCUACGGCAUGUGCCUCAAGUCCCAGCUGGUGGACCUCAAGGCUGAGGGCUACUGGGAGGAGCUAAUGGACACGUUCCGGCCUGAGAUUGUGGUGAAGGACUGGUACGCGGCCAGGGCAGACUGUGGCUGUUCCUACCACAUCCGAGUGCAGCUGGCCUCCGCCGACUACAUCGUCUUGGCCUCCUUCGAGCCCCCACCCGUGACUAUCCAUCAGUGGAACGAUGCCAUGUGGACAGAGGUCUCCCACACCUUCUCAGACUACCCUCCAGGCGUUCGCCACAUCCUCUUCCAGCACGGGGGCAAGGACACCCAGUUCUGGGCAGGCUGGUAUGGUCCCCGUGUCACCAACAGCAGCAUCAUCAUCAGCCCCAAGACCAGCAGGAGCCCGGCUCCCUCCAGGGCUCCGCCUGAGACACUGCAGGGGCAGGGGGAAACUUCCUAGUGGCCCUUCCCGCUUCAUCUCCACGGGCCUGAGGACAGUCCUCUGUCAUCUGCAGCUAUCCGUCCAUCCUGCCUGGGACAGCCAGAGGUUCCCUCCAGGCAAGAGCUGAGCCUGUGGCGGGCAGUGAGGUCUCUGCCCGGAAUUCCAGCCCCUGUUAGUGUUAAUUGACUGUCACACAGUGCCGACGUUUUGUCAAAAUAAAUGUUUUCAGUAAAACCAG